UUGGCGUGUGUUGGUACAAUUUCGGAACGUUUAUGUAGAGUUAAGCAAUUAUCCUUCUUUUUCUAUGUUUGCUCUUCUGAGACUGGCCGGCCGCCGCCUUUGUAGACUGUACAGUUAGUUCAAGAUUGGCGGAUUCAAGAUUUUAGACCAGCAAGUCCAGUGUAUCGUUGGAUCACUUCUGUUCCACAAUUGUAAUUGGCAUCUGGAAUGGGAGAACACAAAUUUGUGAGGUGAGUCAGAAAAAUGGGCGCUUGUGUAUCGAUUCCAGGCCAUACGAUCAAAGUAAAGAAGAGACAUGAUCGUCGUAGUCACAGAAAAUUCCAUGGAAAGAAUUUGAUCUCUCUUGUAGAAGGAACCAGGAGAAGAAACAGUGAUGUAGGACCACACAUUGCUGUUAGUGAGUUUGUUAGAAGAUCUGAGGUCUCCAAUUCCAAAUAUCAUCUUACUCAGUUGCAGUGGCAUCAUACUCAAACAGAUGCUACUGUUCUUAGCCAAGAAGAAGCUUGGUUUGAUACAUGCAGCAACGUUGACUCCGACUCAGAUGAUGACUUCAGUAGCGUCUAUGGAGAUCUAUUCCCAAAAACUGGACAAGUGCUUCAAUAUGAAACUUCAUCAUGCUUUAUGGAUAACAACCUUAAGUACAAGGAGUACCAUGAAAGAUAUCUCAAGAUAGAUGGCAGUAGAUCAGAUAAAUUUUUGCUCAAAGAUGGAGUUCAAAGUCCAAAAGGACUUGCACUUAUAGGUGGUCAGGGCUAUGAAGUUCCGUCCCUUGGGAAGCACGAAGUCCUUGGUGCUCAAAGGAAGAGAUAUUUGGAUCGUUCAUACGGAAGUUUUAAUAGUGUUAAAGAGGAUAAACUCGGUAUGCUGGAGAAAACCCAAGAGAAUGUGCUCAAGAAUGUCCAACCGAAGCUGGUUACUUCCUUAAGUUUUAAUGAACAGAUCAUUAGUGCAUCAAAAUCAGGCCAAGUUUCUCAACUAAAGCAAUCAACUAUAAGGCUUUCUCUAAAGAGAACAUCUGUGGAUGGUAAAGAAGAUGAUAAAUAUUGUGCAUCAAAAAAAUAUCUUUAUCGUCCAAGGGCCGGGCUGCAAAUUCCUUGUUGUACAGAAGAAAAGUUAACUGCAGGAAGUUGGUCAAAGAUUGAUCCCUCCAACUUUAAGCUACGUAGCGAUAGUUAUUUCAGGGACAAGAGAAAAUCACCUGCUCCAAAUGUGUCUCCAUAUACUCCUAUUGGGGUUGAUUUAUUUGUGUGUCCUAAGAAGAUAAAUCACAUUUCACAACACCUUGUGCUUCCCUCUGUAAAAGGAGUUGGAAAAUUUCCUCCAUUACUUAUUGUCAAUAUUCAAUUGCCUACUUAUCCCGCUCCAAUGUUCGUUGGUGAUGGUGACGGAGAAGGCUUGAGCCUUGUAAUAUAUUUCAAAAUUUCUGAAACUUUUGACAAAGACAUUUCUCCCCAGUUCCAGGACAGCAUCACGAGAUUAGUUGAGGAUGAUAUGGAAAAGGUUAAAGGAUUUGUUAGAGAAUCAUCCGUUCCUUUUAGAGAGAGGUUGAAGAUUAUGGUUGGAGUGGUUAAUCCAGAUGAGCUUGUUUCAAAUGCUACUGAAAGUAAGCUUUUGAAUGCUUACAAUGAGAAGCCCGUGCUUUCGCGUCCUCAACACAGCUUUUAUCAGGGGCCAAAUUACUUUGAAGUUGAUCUUGACAUUCAUCACUUCAGCUACAUUGCAAGAAAGGGACUCGACUCUUUUAGGGAGCGUUUAGGAUUCGGGAUACUGGAUCUUGGUCUAACAAUUCAGGCACAGAAGCCAGAGGAGUUACCGGAGAAAGUGCUUGGAUGUGUGAGAUUGAACAAGAUUAACUUUGUUGAUCAUAAUGACCAAAUACCAACACUUAUGUGUGUUGAAGAUUCAUUUUCAGAUUGAUAUUACUACUGUCAUCUGCAUUUGGAGUGGAGGAGUCUUCAGAUAGUUAAGCAGUCCCAGUUUUCUAUAAAUGACAUUUUAUAAGAGUCCACAAAUAUUUGUUCUUAUAGAUGACAGACUACUAUCAUGUUAAUACGACCAUUUGGUAACAUCCAUAAAAUUUUGCUGAUGAAAAUAAAUUUAUU